UAUACAGCAUACCUAAUUGCUCUACCCCUAUAUAACUAAUUAAUCCUCGACUACUCUACCCGAGUCGCUUAAUACCAGACAAAUCAGUCAAAAUGAAGUUCUCCGUUGCCGCUCUUGCUUUCGCCGCCGGCGCUGCUGCCUCUUACCCUACCGAGCAGUACCCCGUUGAGUCUGUUCCUAGCUACCCCGUCGCUGGCGAGUCUUCCGUCGCCUCUUCCCCGGUCGCUAGCAGCAGCAGCGCUCCCGCUUCGUCCCCUGCUGCCAGCGGAUCUGCUUCCAGCAGCAGCCCUGCUUCCUACCCCGUAGUUAGCUCUCCGGCUUCUAUCCCUGCCGUCAGCUCCGCUGUCCCCAGCAGCGGUAUCCCUAUCAUCAGCACCUCCGUCGUUGCCCCCAGCAACGGUACCUCUGCUACUCAGUACACCACCGAGGUCGUUACCUCCUACGAGACCUACUGCCCUGGACCCACUCAGAUCACCUACGGCACCAACACCUACACCGUCACUGAGGCCACGACCUUGACCAUCACCGACUGCCCUUGCACCAUCAGCAAGCCCAUCUUCACUACCUCGUUAGUCUCCUGCGCCACUUGUGUCCCUGGUGCCAGCUCCCCGAGCGCCAGCCUCCCGGUCCAGACCCCCCCUACCUACCCUACUACGGCUCCGGCUCCCCCCAGCUUCCCCAACAACACGGCUCCCGUCAACACCCCCAGCCAGGCUUACCCUACCGGUGGUGCUCCGGCUCCUUCUUACCCCGCCAGCACCCCCAUCCCCACUGCUGGCGCUGGCAAGGCUGCCGCUAUCUCUGGUGCUGGCCUCGUCGGUCUGCUCGGUCUCGCCGCUGCCCUUCUGUAAGCGACCAGCUACAGUUCGGUAUCCGCGUCUAUGACCUACGAUUCUCCUUUGUUCGAUAGUACCUAAUCUACGGUGAUCGAGAGGGGUGCUUCCA